AGGGCAGUCUUCCUUGUUGGUUGUUUCCAUCAAGGGCUCGGUCGUUCAGUCUCAGCGGAGGAAGGGAUCGGAGUGGACACGAUCAGAGAGGGAGAGAGACAGACGGAUAGUAAGUGAGCGAGCGUCUUCCGAUCGCGCAACUCUAUGUAGUCGUUGACAACGAGUCCGAACAGGCAUUUCAGCUGAAGGUCAGAUCAUAAAUCCACAAUUGGAACAAUGAGGUUAUCAGGUUCCAUAAAAUGUUUAGUGGCUGGUGUUGUAUUUUUGCUUGUGGGUUAUUUCACACUACAAAUAUUUGAAAUCAAAAUAGAUGCAAAUUUGGGAGCAAUACUUGCCGGAUCAGAAGUUGAAGUGGAAGUAAAACCAACAAAGCCACCAAAGUACAAAUGUGGUCUCGCAAAGCCUUGUCCUGAGAAGCAUUUUGCGUUUAAAAUGGCAAGUGGAGCAGCAAAUGUUGUUGGACCCAAAAUCUGUGUUGAUGAUAAAAUAAUAAUGAGUGGUGUUAAAAAUAAUGUUGGUCGGGGAAUGAAUAUAGCUACAAUAGAUGGCAAACUUGGCAGUGCUUUGGACACUAAAGUUUUUGACCUGUGGAGUGGAGAUGUGAAACCUUUCAUUGAUUUCCUGAAGACCUUGCAGGAUGGAACAGUAGUGCUUAUGGCUACCUAUGAUGAUAGUGCAACCAAACUUAACGAUGAAGCACGGAAACUUGUCAGUGACUUGGGAAGUUCCUCCAUCUCAAAUCUUGCCUUCAGAGACAACUGGAUUUUUGUUGGUGCAAAAGGGAUUCAAUCAAAGAGUCCUUUUGAGCAGAUCAUAAAGAAUAAUAAAAAUACAAAUAAAUAUGAAGGCUGGCCUGAAGUUUUAGAAAUGGAAGGAUGUAUUCCCCAGAAAAAGGACUAAAAGCCAUCUACUCGACAGUGAAAAUAUUAUAUUUUGAGUUUAUGAUUUUCUUUGUUUUGUGUUGUCUAUUUCUCAAAGCCAAUUUUAUUCUAAAAUUAUGGAUUUAAUUGGAAACUUAGUAUCUUGGCUCGGGAAUGGGAGUUAAGCUAUUUUUCUUAAAGUGCUUGGAGUUGGUCCAGUAAGGCUUUGGCUUAAAUUUUGUUUAAAACAAAGAAUCUGCUGAAUCUUCUAGUAUCUGAAUCUGGCAUCUAUCUUUGAAUGAAGAAUUUGUAACAAAUAUUGUGUUCAGCUGGUUUGUCACAAGUCUGCUUGAAGUUUUAAGAUUGGUUCACUCAGAAAUUUGUUUCAGACAAAUUAAAAUGAAUGGGAGUAAAAUUAAUCAGAAAUUAGCUGUCUAUUAUGUUUCUCAGAGGCUGAAUUUCAGUCAUUAUUUCUGUUGCAGUUCUCUAGUCUGCGAAAAUACAAUGCAUCAUGGCCAAUGAAUUAUAUUGCCCACAUUUCUUUGUACUUGAAAUUGUUCUUGGAAAGUUAAUGGGUUAAAACCUAAGUCUUACAGCAGUAUUAGGAAAUGACUGUCAUCAACCAAUCAAUAGAAAUUAUAAUAACUUAUUGUUACUAAAGUAGAUGAUCCUCUAAUUCUUAAUACUUGCAAAAGAACCCAGAGUACUAGCUUUAAAUUUUUAAAAAAUCUUUUCAUUGUUGUAAAUUCUGGUUACACUUUCCUAAAUGAGUGAAUUUAGAUUGUGAUACAUAAAAGGUCAUGUUUGGGAUUAUUUAUUUAUUUGAAUUUUUUUGUAUGUUUUUUUAAAUAACCUUGUGGGUAUGGAAGCAAUUUAAAAAAAGAUACAUUUUGAUGCUGACCACCAAUACAGCAAUUUUGUGUUGCUUUUACAAUGAAGUACAGCCUUUAUAGUUAGUACCUUGCCAUGUUAAGCAAAGCUCAUCAGUUUUAGUAGAGCGAUUGUCAACAUUUUCUGUGUUUAGAAUUAACAUUUGACAUUCCUGGAGAACACUGGUCCAAAUGUCUGCAAGAGAUUUGUUAUCUAACAUGAGGGGGAAUCAAUUCAUACAGGAAAUGUCUUU